AUGUCGACCUCGUCAUCGCCUUCGCAUAAGUGCACCACUAUCUUUGUAUCGUCACGCAAGAGCCAAUUAGCCAUGGCGCAGACCAAUUUUGUCAUUGCAAUGUUGAAUAAGCAAUUUCCAGAUCUGCAUUUUGUUGUGGGUCAAGAAGACACAGUUGGUGACCAAGUUCUCGAUCGCCACUUGAGCGAGUUGGGGUCCAACACGGCCUCAGGUCUUUUUACCAAGAGUCUUGAAGAGGCGCUUUUAGCCAAGACCGCUAGUUUUGCGGUUCACUCACUCAAAGAUAUGCCCACAACGCUGCCGGACGGACUCGUGCUAGCUGCCAUCACCAAGCGGGAGAGUCCUGAAGACGCUGCGAUCAUCCAUCCAAAGCAUAAGGCUAAUGGAGUGAAAUCACUGAAGGAAUUGCCUGACAAUAGUGUUAUUGGAACCAGCUCAUUGCGACGCGAAGCGCUAUUGCGAAGACAAUUUCCGACCUUUGAGAUCAAGACGCUGCGUGGUAACAUUCAGACAAGAUUGGCCAAACUAGAUGAACACGACGACUAUGACGCCAUCGUAGUUGCAGCUUGUGGUUUUCGACGUGGAAAUCUUGGAGACAGAAUUGAUGAGAUUCUACCUGCAGACUCUUUUGGGUAUGGAGUAGGUCAAGGAAGCAUUGGUGUUGAAUGCCGUGCAGAUGAUGAGGAAACAAUCAAAAUGCUUCAAAGUAUAACGGAUGAAAAGUCGGCGCAAUUGUGUAUGGCGGAACGAAGUUUGCUGUACCAUCUUGAAGGCGGGUGUCAGAUUGCUAUGGGCGUGAAUGCAACUCUAGAUGAAGAAACACUUACAUUAAAUUCGACACUUUUGUCACGCGAUGGAAAGGAAAGCGUCUUCGACUCGAUCUCAGGCCCACGUUCAAAGUGCGAAGAGCUUGGAAAAGAGCUUGCUGAGCGUUUUUGGAGUAAUGACCUUGCUCGAAAAUUGCUAGGCAAGACUCAGCAAAAACGUGCAUUGACUUACGGCGAUGCUGAUGCCCCUGGUGACGCUGCAGCUGCGGCCGAUAUUAAAAGAGCUAGAACUUAG